CCGGAAGUGGUCCACGCCGCCGGGGUGCGUGGGAGCUCCCGGGGCGCUGCUCUAUCCACUGCUGGACGGCGGCCUCUUCCCCCCCCCCACGCGUGGGGACAGAGGGGUUGUUUGGCCAUACUUCACCACUCCGUGUCUCAGUAUCGCAACGUCUCCUCAUCGCUCUAUCCCAGCCGUCUCGAUGGGAGUUUCCCGCCGGCUGCUGCGCCGUCUGCGCCGCUGGGCGCGCCGCGGCUCGUGCCGCCGCCUCCGCUCGCUGCUGCGCCGCCACCCGGAGAUCUGCGGGGCGGGGGCCGGGGGGAGCUCGGCGGCGGGGGCGGCCCUGAUCUCGGCGAGCCGCCGGGGCCACGCGUCCGUGGUGCGGCUUCUGCUGCGCCGCGGCGUGGACGGGGCGGCGGCCAGGGGUCGCGGCGGGGAGACGGCGGCGCACGCAGUGGUGCACAGGGCGCUGAGACGGCCCGCGGACAAGGGCUGCCUCCGCGUGAUCGCCCUGCUGCGCAAGUACUGCCCGGACUGCCUCCAGGUGCGCAACCUGGACGGCAUCACCGCAGCACACCUCCUGGCUCGCCUGCCUCACCAGGUCGGGCUUGCGGAGCAGCAGGAGGAGGCGGUGUCGCUGGUGGGGGCCAUGCUGGGCGAGCGUGGGGGUUGGGGCUCCGAGGAGGAGGGGCCGUGGGGAAGCCGUGGGGAGGACUCCGCGUGGCUGCGCCGCGUGCAGGACGAGUGUGAGGACGAGUACAACACUGCCUGGGGGCGCUACGAGGACGACUUCGAGGCGGCGGACGGCAACGGCUCCGAGCCCGAGACCUUCGAGGGCUGGGUUCAGCGCCUGGCCCGGGAGCAGCGCGAGCGCAGCCGCCCGGGCCCCAGUGCCGCCGAGCUCCGGCGCCGGCGGCUCCGCGAGGAGCGCGAGCGGCGCGAGGAGCGCUGGCGGCAGGAGCUGCGAGCGACGCUCGCCACGGAGCAUUCGGAGCGCCAGCGCCGCGCGGCCGCGGCCUCCUCCGCCGCGGCCGACGCCGCGGCCGCCGCCAAGGAGUCGUACGAGCGCCGGCUCCUGGCCGCGGCGGAGAAGCUGGCGCGGUCGGCCGAGUCCGCUGCCGAUUCUGCCGGGGGUGGGGCGCAGCGGCAGGGGGAGCUGCGGUACGAUGACAUCCCGUGGCCGGCGCCGCACGGCACCGCCGAGGAGAUGGCGGCGGUGCUGGCGCACGGCGUGGACCGGACGGAGGAGGGAGGCGCCCCCUACAGGCGCCACCUACGCCGCCAGCUCGUGUUGUGGCACCCGGACAAGUUCGAGCAGCGGUUUGGCGCAAGGCUUCACGUGGCCGAGCGGGAGGGCGUCCUGCGCACCGUCAAGGAGUUGUCGCAGGCACUCAACAGGCUCAUGGGGGCCAGCGCCACGUGAUCGCGGUGGUGGUGAUGAGGAAGAUGGUGGUGACGGUGGAGGUGAUGGUGGUGGUGAUGGUAGUGGUGAUGAUGAAGUUGGUGAUGGUGGUGGUGAUGAUGAUGAUGAAGGUGAUGAUGGCGAGCUGUGGUGCAGCGGUUUAGCGCGCCGGGCGUGGUGCUGGCCGCCCACCCCCUCAGGUGCUGUACUGGCCUUCAUAGGUACUACUUGUUCACUUGCCCCAACGGUCUUUGUGUGAAUGUGUGCAUCGGGUCACGCCACUCCUCUUUGCACGAAUACACGUCACAAUAUUACUAAAUGUAAAUUAUCUGAAAGUCUGAAAAAUGUACAAACAUACCCUUCAAAUGUUGAAAAUCCAACAAUUUUUAAUACAUAGAUUAUCCUGAUGUGUACACACGUGUCUGUGUGUGUGAGGCUGGUCGAUGCUUCGGGUCUUCUCGGCCACGGUCAUGCCCUCCUUUUAUGCUUGCGAAACGUGGACCCCCCCCCCCCAAAUAGAACAUCUACACCAGAUCCAUAGAGUUACAUAGAGACGCAUAAAGUUACAUAGAGAUGCAUAGAGUUACAUAGACAUCCUGAGUUGCAUCGACAUCCAUAGAGUUACGUAGAGACGCAUAGACUUACAUUGAUAUCCUUAGUUACAUAGACAUCCAUAGAGUUACGUAGGGAUGCAUAGAGUUACAUAGACAUCCAUAGAGUUACGUAGAGAUGCAUAGAGUUACAUAGAAUUACGUAGAGACUUAUAGAGUUGCAUAGAUAUCCUGUGUUACUACUCUUUUGGUCUUUCGGUAAAGUCACGUAGAUAGAAAAAUAAUCAAAUCAAAUAAAUUCACGACGUUUCGAUCAUAACACAAGCAAUCGUCUUCAGGUGAAAAAUUACAGCAGGCGGAGUGCUGAGGCAGGAAGAAAUAAUCAGUCCGCCUGCUGUAAUUUUUCACCUGAAGAUGAUUGCUCAUGUUGUGAUCGAAACGUCGUCAUUUUUUAUAAUUUUUCUAUCUACGUGACUUUACCGAAAGACCCAAAGAGUAUGAAUUCCACUAAAGCUUUAAGUAAAUCUUUGUUACGUAGAGGCACAUGGAGUUGCAUAGAGUUACAUGGAGACACACCGAGGCCACAGCCCAAGACCGUGGGCAGUGGUGGCAGUCCCAGCACACGGCAGGGUGGAGUGAAUGUGAAACUCAACCAGCGCCAAACAGAACCAGAAUACUGAUCCUGGAGGAAUCCGAUGAGUUGUCAAGCUCUUGGUUCACAGAUGUCUAGUCAGGGUACGGGGGUCACAACAUUAUAUCCACAAACAACAUACACGAAGACAACAACAAUAGCAGUGCAAAGUAAAGGAGGGGAAAUCAAGUCACUAAAUAUGAAUGAAAAUAAAUCAAGUAUACAAGUACAAGUUACAUAAACAUGAACCGGCACGUUUAUACAAAUCUUGACAUCAGUGAGCUUUAUAAUCGAGGUUUGUUGGGUUGGAUGGCAUCAAUAUAAACGUGUCGUUAACCGCGCCACCACCCGACCGCCAAUUAUGAAGGUUGUGUCAACAAAACGUGCCAAUUAGCUACUGGUUCAGCACACCCCGGUUGUGUGUUGGAGAGUAAAUCCACUACAACAUUUAGAAUUCGAGUCGCAAUAGUUCAGUCGUAGCGAGAGGAGUGAUACGGGGGCGACUGAGCGCCAGUGAGCGAGCGAGAGCAGUGAUUCGGUGAGUGCUGGGCUACAGGGCACCCUGUGGCUACCUUUGCAUAACAGGUGCUAUAGGCUGCUUCGGAGUUGUGCUAAACAUUUGGGAGCGGCAGCCGCCCGUGAAGUCAAAUCAAUUCCUGUACUGCACUUCUAUGGCUCCCCUUCCUGCCCGAUGCAUCCUCCGCCUUCACCGAGCCAACAAACCCCCGUGACUGGCGUGGUGAAGUAUGUCAAUCCACGGCUGGAGGCCCUCAUCCAGCAGUGGAUUUGGCAUUGCUGCAUGCGGAGCACGUGGGCUCGCUGUUUUAGGGGCCGUCCAUAAAUGACGUCACGCGAUUUUGGAGGAUUUUUGACCCCCCCCAUCGUCACAAAAAGUCAGACCCUCCCCCAUAUAUGACGUCACAAAGCUCUGCCCCCCCCCCCCCACCAAAAUAAAACAC